GAAAAGCAAUGGCAGUUUCAACUAAUGGAGGGAAAGAAAGGAUGAUUGGUGGCCAUUCCUGAGAAGCCUCCUUUUCCACAGUUAUCCGCUGCUCGUAGACGCCCCUUUUUAGUGCACUAUAGGAUUUUGUUGAUGACCAAUAUUGGAAGUAGUGUCUGAAAAAAGUUUAAGCAGUAAACGCGAUUGCUGUGGCGGAUUCGGAGAAUUGCGUUACUAUUGCUGGUUUAACUGCGCGCCGUGCCAGUCCUCCUGUCUCUCAUUCUUUUUUUCUUUUUUCCCGCCUUGUUUUGCAGUUGCGGUAUUCUUGUCUCGGCAUUGAGACGUGCUCCGUAAAGAGCUGGAAAACAUAGUGCGUCCUCAUGUCUGCCAUUCAUAUUCUAUUCUCCCAUCUCCUCCUAUUCUUGUCACAUUGUUUUGAUGUGUAGAAGAAAGGCCUCUCUGCAGGACCCAUUUUUAAUAACUUAGUUUUUGCUUAAAAUGGUGCUUACCAAGCUGUUAUUUCAGAAUGCGCUGUGGCUAGGCUUACGUGUGCCGUUAGCAUUUGUGUGCGAAUUGUCUAGGCUACGCAGUUUGGGGGUGGCUGCAUCGUAAAAAAAAAAAAAAAAAAAAAAGAAAACAAAAAAACAAAAAAAAACAGCACAAAUCUGAACGGAGCACGGAAAGAACAAACGGACACAAGUGCUGAUUUCCAAAACAAGCCAAGCGCGUAUAGAAAAAAUACUUGGCUUCUUCCGAGUAGAGCGUAACGUCUGGAUACCAGAUGGCGGUUCAACGACGUGACCACAUCACCUCACUGGCUGCAACAUCUGUUUUGGUCAUCUGCAUUUUGACCAUCUGCGAGGAUUUCGUCGUUGCCGAAAGCAAGCCUACAGAAUCGGAAGAACCACAAAAUGCUAGAUGCGUGACCAGCGUAACAACCACAUCAGCAUCAACAUCCGUUCUGGGAAACUACAGCAAGUGGGCCACGACCACGGACGCUGAGCAAUGUGCAAAUGUCAGCAGGCGCAUCUACGAUAAGAAUGGCAACACAGUAGACGCCGCCAUCGCCACGCUUCUCUGCAUGGGCGUCGUGAUACCUCACUCCAUGGGAAUUGGCGGCGGUUUCAUAGCAACGAUUUACAAUGAGUCUACACGAGAAGCCAAAGUACUGAUCGCAAGAGAAACAGCGCCGGCGGCCGCCAACCAGACCAUGUUCGGUGAUAACAGUACAGCAAGUAUUUGGGGAGGCCUGGCGGUGGCAGUACCGGGAGAGCUGCGUGGCUACUAUGAGCUUCACUCUAACUACGGAAAGUUAAAUUGGUCUGAAUUAUUCGUGGACGCGAUUCAACUGGCCAAAUCUGGAUUCCCUAUUGGUGCCCAUCUCGCUAACGCGCUGAAAGCAGGAGAAAGAAUAACAACUGCGCUGGCGAACGAAACGAGGCGAGCUUUCUUGAACAAUACAACGGGGCAGGUCUUGAAAAAAGGAGAGAUACUUAUCCAAGCGGAUCUGGCGAAAACUCUAGAAUAUGUGGCCGCUCAAGGAGCAGACUACUUCUACACUGGAGAGUUUGCAAAGGAGCUCGUUCAGGAAGUCAAGGAUUGGGGAGGCGUGAUGACGGAAGAAGAUCUACUAUGUUAUUCGGCGAACUGGACAACACCUGUUAAAACAACCUUCAAGGACAAUUUCACAAUGUACUCAGCGGCUCCACCAGGAAGCGGCCCAGUGCUCGCUUACAUCCUGGGCAUCAUGGAUGGAUUUCGUUCGAACCAAGAGGCGUGCUUGCCGGACAACGUGACGACUUUACACAGGUUCGCCGAAUCAUGCAAGUUCGGAUAUGCGAAAAGAACUCUUCUGGGUGACAUGGCUUUCGUCAACUGCAGUGAGCUAGUGAACAAUAUGACGUCCGGAGCACUCGCUAGCGAAGCCAGAUCGAAAAUCAACGACACGCACACGUUCAACGACCCCGGAUACUACGGCUACGAGAAUAAUACCGUGCAAAAGGACUCGGGAACUGCGCAUGCUACCUUUUUGGGCAGUGACGGUGUGGCAAUUUCCGUUUCCAGCACCAUAAACUACUAUUUUGGCAGUCUCGUGCGCACUAACUCUGGUGUCUUGUUGAACAACGAGAUGGACGACUUCUCAAGACCUGGAAUGUCCAACCUUUACAGUCUAGCUUCUUCAAGCCCCAACUACAUUGUCCCAAGAAAACGGCCGAUGUCUUCCAUGGCACCCAUGAUAUUAGUCGAUGCUAAUGGUAAAGUCCAGCUCGCCUUGGGAGGAACCGGCGGGUCGUACAUCACCUCCGGCAUUGCAAUGGUGACUAUGCGGGCGCAAUGGCAGGGCUACAACGUCAAGCAGGCCAUUGACAAACCCCGGCUUCACCACCAACUCAUACCAAACAAUCUCAUGACUGAGCCUUCCUUUCCCCAGGUGGACGCAGACGUUCUGAGAAGCUAUGGUCACAACGUUACGAAUCGUACGGGAAGAUUCAACGUCAUUUUGGGAAUCCAGCGACUAAACGGACGAAUCCUUGCCAACUGGGAUUUCAGGAAAGGCGGUGGCGUGGACGGAGAAUAAGAGCUGUUUCUUGCUUUACGCUUGAGAUUCCAGCGUAGCUGUCCUAUAUAUAUUUAAGAAGCUACGAGUUCACUUUAUGACACAUGCUAUGUUGGAGGAUUUUCUCUGGGGCACUUGCACAGCUGCAGUAUCUGUCGAGUUGUCGUAAAUAAAUACACUCAUGGCAUUCAAUAGAUGAUCCGUUGCCCGUUUGCUUUUAGUUA